UCGGCUCGCCUGCACCUCCGGCUCCGCCCAAGCCGCCUCCCUCUUCUUCAGGCUCCCGCUGCCGCGCGGGUCCUACUCGACCUUCUCGGGCCUCGGCUACUCGGGCUGCGGCAGAAGAUGGCGACUCCCGUGGCUCAGGCCGACAGCUCCGAGGCGGCGCUGGCUGCUGCCCUGGCGGAUGUGCCUGAGCUAGCUAGGCUCCUGGAGAUCGACCCGUAUUUGAAACCCUUCGCUCGGGAGUUCCAGCGCAGGUAUAAGCGGUUUGGCAUGAUUUUGAACAACAUUGGAGAAAAUGAAGGUGGUAUUGACAGAUUUUCUAAAGGCUAUGAAUCAUUUGGUGUUCACACAUGUGCUGAUGGUGGUCUGUACUGCAAAGAAUGGGCCCCUGGAGCAGAAGGUGUUUUUCUUACUGGAGACUUCAAUGGCUGGAAUCCAUUUUCAAACCCAUAUAAAAAAUUGGAUUUUGGAAAAUGGGAGCUUUACAUUCCACCAAAGCAGGAUAAAUCACCAGUGGUGCCUCAUGGAUCCAAAUUAAAGGUAGUUAUAACUAGUAAAAGUGGAGAGAUUCUUUAUCGUAUUUCACCAUGGGCAAAGUAUGUGACUCGUGAAGGGAAUAGUGUGAAUUAUGAUUGGAUACACUGGAAUCCAGAACACACAUAUAAAUUUAAGUAUUCCAGACCAAAAAAGCCAAAAAGUCUAAGAAUUUAUGAAUGUCAUGUGGGAAUUUCUUCCCAUGAAGGAAAAAUAGCUUCGUAUAAACAUUUUACAUGCAAUGUACUACCACGAAUUAAAGACCUUGGAUACAACUGCAUUCAGCUGAUGGCAAUCAUGGAACAUGCGUACUAUGCAAGUUUUGGUUACCAAAUCACAAGCUUCUUUGCAGCUUCAAGCCGCUACGGAACACCUGAAGAGCUAAAAGAAUUGGUUGAUACAGCUCAUUCAAUGGGCAUUAUUGUCCUCUUAGACGUGGUACAUAGCCAUGCUUCAAAAAAUUCUGAGGAUGGACUGAAUAUGUUUGAUGGAACAGAUUCCUGUUAUUUUCAUUCUGGACCUAGAGGGAAUCAUGACCUAUGGGAUAGCAGACUGUUUGCCUACUCCAGCUGGGAAGUUUUAAGAUUCCUUCUAUCAAACAUAAGAUGGUGGUUGGAAGAAUAUAGCUUUGAUGGUUUUCGCUUCGAUGGUGUUACCUCAAUGCUCUAUCAUCACCAUGGAAUGGGUCAAGGCUUUUCAGGUGAUUAUCAUGCAUAUUUUGGAUUGCAAGUAGAUGAAGAUGCAUUGAUUUAUCUCAUGUUGGCGAAUCACUUGACUCAUACUUUGUAUCCAGAGUCUAUAACAAUAGCCGAGGAUGUUUCAGGAAUGCCAGCUCUGUGUUCUCCAAUUUCCCAGGGAGGGGGUGGCUUUGACUACCGAUUAGCCAUGGCUAUUCCAGACAAAUGGAUCCAGCUACUUAAAGAAUUUAAAGAUGAAGACUGGAAUAUGGGCAAUAUAGUUCAUACCCUCACAAACAGACGCUACCUUGAAAAGUGCAUUGCUUAUGCUGAGAGCCAUGAUCAGGCACUUGUGGGUGAUAAGUCCCUGGCAUUCUGGAUGAUGGAUGCAGAAAUGUACACAAACAUGAGCGUGAUGGCUCCUCUUACUCCAGUCAUUGAUCGUGGAAUACAGCUUCAUAAAAUGAUUCGACUCAUUACCCAUGGACUCGGAGGUGAAGGGUAUCUCAAUUUUAUGGGUAAUGAAUUUGGGCAUCCCGAAUGGUUAGACUUCCCAAGAAAGGGAAACAAUGAAAGUUACCAUUAUGCCAGAAGGCAGUUUCAUUUAGCUGAUGAUGACCUUCUCCGCUAUAAAUUCCUAAAUAACUUUGACAGGGAUAUGAAUAAAUUGGAAGAAAGAUGUGGUUGGCUUUCAGCUCCACAGGCCUAUGUGAGUGAAAAGCAUGAAGCCAAUAAGGUAAUCGCUUUUGAGAGAGCAAAUCUUCUUUUUAUUUUCAACUUCCAUCCAAGCAAGAGCUAUACAGAUUACCGAGUUGGAACAUCAUUGCCGGGGAAAUUCAAAAUUGUACUGGAUUCAGAUGCAGACAAAUAUGGAGGGCACCAAAGACUGGACCACAAUACAGAUUUCAUUUCUGAAACAUUUGAACACAAUGGACGUCCCUAUUCUCUUUUGCUCACCGGUAGAGCACGGAGGCUCACGUGCCACGGCUUUCUGGUUCGGGUCCGUUACCGGUACAAGGUAGAAGUCGGUAAGAGCGGAGCCUGGUGGCUCACGUGCCAUGGCUUUCUAGUUCGGUUCCGGUACCAGUUGAGUACAGGGUUUGAUAAGCCAUGA